UAGGGAACUGUUCCACCGACAAAGGGAAAGGAGAGCUAGAGCAGCCGAGGCCAGCAGGGCAUUUGCUAGAGAGGCCAGUGCUAUAGCAGCCAUGGCUACCACAACCAUGACUUCCCAAGCCGGAAGUUCAGGUACCGCCGGGUCCACGGUCGUGCAGACCGUGAGUCAGUCCACUGGCUUAAUGGCAAGCCAACCCGCGGUGUUGUCCCCAGAGGAUGUAGCCAUCCAGCAGGCAUCCCUGCAAGAGGCACAGCUACAGCAGGCAUUAGGAAAGAUAAAAAGAGAGAAAGAUAUGAUGAUUAGAAGAAGAGCCAGGAUGCAACAGAGAGGGACAGACAUAGAGGAGUUAGAAACGAUGGACCUAACGCAUAUGGAUGAGGAUGUGAAGGUAGUUAGGAGGGCCCUGCUAGGUGUAAUUGAGAUGGAGGAGCAUCAAACUACCCUCCUUCAGGACAUUCAACAAAGCCUAGCCGUAUUGGCAGGGCGUGCUCAGGCAGCACCAUCACCAGCAGGGCCUGGUGCCUGGUCCGUGCCAUAUCCUCCUCUUUCUGUUCCACCGGUGACUGGGGUAUCCCCAUAUGUAGCCCCUUCAUCGGUUGCUAUCGUUUCCCUGGGCAUGCCUCUGUCAGGAGGGGUAACAGCAGGGAGUAGUUUGCAGGUUCCUGUUCAGACAGUGUUUACUCCAAGUCCGUCACAGGUUGCAGUUACCACGCAGCCUGCUGUCUCACAGUCAGUGCAACCUCAAGGCACACAGCCCCAGCAGCUAGCACAACAACCUGURUCGCCGGGUCCACAGCCCGGGUUGGUGCAGGGACCGAGACAAAGUCAGUGGGUUCCAAAGACGGCCAUCGCCGCUCCCAAACCUUUUACAGGAGACAAGAGAGGCGAAGACCUCGACACUUGGUUGAGGGCAGUGCCGGUCUACGUCAGGUGUAAACUCACCUUGCCACACGAAGAAGUGCUUGUGGCUGCCUCCUACCUAGAAGGUAGUGCGGCGAGAUGGUUGAGUGGGUUAGUGCAACUCCAGGGGUACGGUCAUGACUUCCGCUCUUGGGCAGCCUCUCAAAAAUUGGAGGACUUCCUGAAAAUGGUGGAAGACAGGUGGCAUGAUCCGCAGGAGGCUCAAAGGGCCACUGAUGCGAUCCUGACACUGCACACGAGGCAGUUUAAGUCAGUAAGGGAGGCCACAGACGCUGUAGAGAGUUUAAUCUGUGUUCCAGGGGUACGCUAUGACCCCCAGGUCCUGCUCACUUCGUACCUGAGGACCUUAUCUUUGCCGCUCAGGAACCAGUUGGCAAAAGAGUCCAACAUUAAUAUGCACAACUUUCCUUCGUUCAGCAAGGUGGCCCUAGACCUAGAAGCAAAGAUAGGGCAUGGACAUAACUCAGUCACAGACGGGAAGAAGAAGACACUGCCUCCCAACUGGAAAGCGAAAGGUCGCAUUAUGUUCGUCGACCACGAUGGCUCAACCAUCGAGUUGGACGGCAACUUCCAGGAGGGAGUAGGUGCAGAGGCAGGCGGCGAUACUUCAGAGGGUGGAGUAGUUGCCGCCGUAACCCAACAAAAAGGUAAAGGGACCGGUAGACGCCCUAGGGGAUCCCGGUCGAAGAGUCAAACAGACCCCAAUGCUCCCCCAUGGGAGAAAGCGGGUCUAGCUGAGGACGUGUGGAGAGAUCGGUGGGCAUGGCAAGCUUGUAUCAAGUGUGGCCAAUAUGGUCAUAACAUGUACAAGUGCCGCAAUAGGAAGGUCACCGGGAAGAUCCCGCCCACUAUGGGGUCGGCAGUAGGAUCCUCUCAAACCUUUGGAAGCAACGUUGCUAGCUCUUCAAGCAAUGCUCCGGGAAACACGUACGGUCUAUACGAGUUUGUGGUGAUGCCUUUUGGCCUUUGCAAUGCUCUUGGCACCUUUCAGCACGCUAUGAAUCGGAUUUUUCAUGACUACUUGGAUAAGUUUGUCGUCGUGUACCUCGAUGACAUACUUAUUUUUAGUAAGACUGUCGAGGAGCACGUAGCACACUUAGACAAAGUUCUCAGUCUCCUGCGACAGCGCAAGUUCAAGAUCAACGGUGAAAAGUGCGAGUUUGGCCGCACCCGUACCUUGUACUUGGGUCAUGAGAUCUCCGCGGAAGGGUUGAAGCCCGAUGACGCGAAGGUGGCCAGCAUUUGUGAUUGGCCACGUCCUCAGUCCGUGACUGAGAUGAGAUCGUUCUUAGGAAUGACAGGCUACUACAGGACUUUCGUUAAGAACUACAGCAUAGUGGCCGCUCCUUUGACUGAUCUGACCCGCCUUGACACCCCUUGGGAAUGGACAGAUGAGUGCGAGGCUGCUUUCAGACAUCUGAAGCAUGCAUUGACGCACUAUGAAGUCUUGAAGCUACCCGAUCCURAUAAGCCAUUUAUAGUAACCACGGAUGCUAGCCAAUAUGGCAUUGGCGCCGUGCUUGCGCAGCAGGAGGGGUCAAAGUUGAGGCCAGUAGAGUACAUGUCCAAGAAAAUGCCGUCUCAGAAGUUGGCUAAGUCCACUUAUGAGAAGGAGCUCUAUGCGGUGUACAAGGCCCUCACCCAUUGGAGACACUACCUCCUUGGGCGGUUCUUCAUCCUCCGGACUGAUCAUCAGACCCUGAGAUGGAUGAAAACUCAGCCAGUACUCUCUGACGCUCUUAAGCGUUCGAUCGAAGUCAUUGAGCAAUAUGACUUUGACCCUCAGUAUCUUAAAGGGGAGUACAACAAGGUUGUUGAUGCCUUGUCGCGCAGACCGGAUUUCUCAGGUGCGCUGAUUACUGAAUUCGGCCUGACGGACAAUGUUACUCRGUCUUUGGUGGAAGCCUAUCAUCAGGACCAGUUUAUGUCUGAGAUCAUACGCAGACUGGAGGCGAAGGAUAAAAAGACCUCCGCCGAGUUUGAGUUGGUCAAUGGAUUGCUGUUCCUAGAGAAGGCAGGGAAUAAACACUUGUGUGUUCCAAAUAGCGAGUCUUUGCGUAGUUUGUUUUUUGGUGAGUGUCAUGAUGCCACCGGUCAUUUUGGGUAUAAGAAGACCGCAGCCAACUUGCUGCAGCGAUUUUGGUGGCCCACGAUGAUGCGAGAUGCACACCUGUAUGUGGAGACUUGUCAAGUUUGUCAACGGGACAAGCUCCGUACUCAAGCUCCUCUCGGGCUGCUUAAGCCCCUUCCGAUUCCGGAAAGGCCAGGUGAAAGCUUGUCCAUGGACUUCAUGGAUACGCUGAUCACCAGCAAGAGUGGAAUGAGGCAGAUCUUCGUCAUCGUGGAUAGAUUUAGUAAGUAUGCUAGAUUAAUAACCAUGCCGGAAACAGCAAAGACUGAGUACGUAAUCAAACUGUUCAAGGAGAACUGGGUCAGAGACUUUGGACUACCAAAGUCUAUUGUUAGUGACAGAGACGUACGGUUCACUAGUGAACUGUGGAAAGCCGCUGCAGCUGAACAGGGAACUCAGCUGCAGAUGACUUCUGGAAGCCAUCCAGAAGCUAAUGGCCAGGCGGAGCAGAUGAACCGCACUGUGCAUCACCUGUUGAGGCACUACAUCAAGCCUAACCAGGUGGACUGGGACGAAAAGCUUGCUUUAGUUGCCAGUCUGUAUAACAAUGCUGUACAUAGUGCUACGGGGUUUGAAAUGCAAUUGCAAACUGCUUUCGUGACUGCACCGUAGUUACCUAUAAAAAAAAAAGACUGGGAACAGUGCCAUGUAACUCUGUACGUAGUUUGAAAGAAGGGUACUGUGGCCAUUUCGUAG